AUGCCAAGCCCUGUCGUUAAGAAAGGUCGAACCAACACGCCCUGGACGCCAGGCGAGGAGCACCGAUUGAAGCAACUGCGAGACCAGGGCAGCAGUUGGAGUGAAAUCGCGAAGAAUUUCCCAAAUCGAACUGAAGGAAGUGUGAAGAAGCACUGGUACAAGGACAUGCACUACGCGGACUUCGGAGCCGACGAGAGCACCGCACUACUGCAAGCAAUUAAGGAGUACGAGACCAACAAAUGGAAGGUCAUCGGACAGAAGGUCGGAAAGCCAGCCAAGGCCUGCGAACAGUUCGCCAAAGAGCAGGGCUGGAAAGUCUGA